AUGUUUAUUUUGACUAUUUUUUCUUUACCAUACGCUUUUUACAAUUUAGUUUUAGAAACAGUGCCCUACAUCCCCAACUUCCAAACACAUCUCUUGUUUGUCCUAAUUAACAUCCAUUGCUUUUCUACUCAGGGAACAAACUCAUAUCUCGUUGGAAGUGAGACUGAGCCACGUAUCUUGAUUGAUACCACAGGAGGGGAUGUCUCGAAUAAAAUCGUUCCUGACUCCGAACCCCCCAUAUCUGAAAUUCUUUUAACACAUUGGCAUCCAGAUCACACAGAGGGCAUUGAGGCUUCCCCUGAGGGUCCCAAUCUCAAAUCCAUUGGCUAUUAUGGCGGUCCGCUGAAUAUGCUUGAUGAGAGCAUGACUUUCUCUCCCCCCAAAAAUCCUUCAAUUAAGCUGAAACCUAUCUUCACUCCUGGUCACAGUGUCGACCAUAUGUGUUUCGCCAUGUAUGUUAAUGACAACGUGGAGUGUGUUUUUGUGGGUGAUUUACUGCUUGGUAAGUCCUCAUCUACUUAUGAUUUUAAGUUAUUUGGAAAUUUGUCAAUGGAUACAAAAUUUCUCUUACUGCUAUUCACUUAUUCUCAAUUGGACUAUUACUAUUUCACCUUUAAACUCUAUUUAAUAUCUAUUAUCAUUAUCGGUUCUCGCUAUUUCGUAAUGUGGUUACUAGCAUUUAUCCGACCACUUACACACCUCCCUCAUGUUUUGACCUAUUUGGCUUUCCUUCCAGUUCUCCUUACUCUUUUCAUAGCGGCCCAAAAGCGGAAUCUUCUACUUUGA